GAAAACUUUGAAUACAUCCACAGUCCGAUAAUAAUUUGAGCAAUAAUAAAGCGCAAUGAUAAAACGCGGUUUUGUUAUCUUACAACCCAACAAAAGGCAGCCUUGAUUAAUCAUCAGAACACUAGUCUUGUCACUGCAUGCCUUCUCUACCACAACUAUAUUCUUGGUGGCUUUAACAAAACACGCUCAAGUCCGGCUGCUGAGAAUGCGUUCAGUAUGUUUCGAAAUACUGAUCAACUCGCAGAAUUAAUGAGAGACAUCUUGACUGAUGCGUCUACACUUCCGCCGGUAUUGUGCAAAAAGUCUGCAAGACAUUGCGAUACCGACCAUAUAUUUCGUCAUGUAGGAAACCACGAUGGCCGUUUGUUGCCAGGAGAGAAUUUGUCGCCGAACCAUAUAACCUGGAGUACUUUGGGCACUCCAAGCAAGGAUUGGGAGGUCUAUUGUGUGGCCGAAUGGGGGAGGUUAGGAUUUCAAAUGGUGGCCUAAACAUUCAUAUUUUUGCAAUGUCGAAAUUGAGUAGAUGUCCACAAAAUAAGCCGCAGUAUGGUAUGUGGUCACACAUCAGUUACUAGGGCUCUGUGUGGUGGGAGGAGCAGAGACAAAUAACAUUUUCCAUUGCCAUGGUAGUGGACAACGCCUGGCACACGGGAAUCCAUCAAGAACGGCGCAGUGGGACAGGCUCACCGGUUGCCCCCAGCUUGGAUCGUGAUCUAUUGUUGUGCAGGACUUUAUUGCAGACUCCAGUAAGUGGAAAAUAAACUCCUAUCCCAGAAGAAAAUACAUCCAGGUAGCAAGGCUCUGGGGCAGGUU